AAACAAAGUGUGCGCUACUGAAACUAAUUUCCAUAGAGAUUACUGAGAAGUGUGUAGAGAAGAGAGAGAACGCGGCUCACGGCUACGCGUGGUUUGCGUGAAAUCUUUUUUCCCCCUUUGGAAUUUGUUUUGAUUUUUAGGAAAAUUUGUUCAUAAUUAGUUUCUCCAUUUUCGCCUCAAUCCAAUCCCUCUUUCGUUGAAUCUUUCCCCCUUUUCAAUUUUGAGAAAAAAAAACCCAAAAAAACAGAGGAUUUUUUCUGUUAGGUUUAGGGUUUUUGUUGAUAAUUUGUGCAGAAAAUCUGGUUCUAUAGUAUAGUAAUCGCGGAAACGAAGAAUCAAAGAAUUAAGGGGUUCUUAUCGCGGCUUACAGGAACGCUUUUGUUACUGCGAGUAUGGAGUCUGCUAUAGUGAUCAAGGUCAAAUAUGAGGACACUCUCAGACGUUUCAACGCUCGUAUACUUAAUGGGGAGCUUGAGCUCAACUUGGACAAUUUGAAAGCAAAGAUACUUUCCCUUUUCAAGUUCAAUCCUGAUACUGAGCUUAUACUUACGUAUGUGGAUGAGGACGAUGACAUAGUAACUCUCGGGGAUAAUGAUGAUCUGCGCGAUGUUGUAAGGCAAUCCCUGAAUCCUCUGAGGAUUACUGUGAAGCUGCCAGAAAAGAGUGGCUGGGCUGCUGCUAAGAGUAGUGGAACCAGUACCCCCGUGAGAUCUCCUCAGCUAUCUCAGAAUCUCAACUCUGGUGUUCAAGAGAUAUUGAACUCUUUUCCAGAGCCAAUCCGCCGGACUGUUACAAAGAUUUGGACCGAUGUGGGAGCCAAUGGCACUCCCUCUGGUCAGACUAUUGAUGAUCUUGUGCAGUUGUUUUCAGAGUUGGGGCUCCCAUUUCUGAAUAAGUUAGCAGAAGUUCAAGCUCCGGCUCAGGUUAGUAGGCCUGGAUGUCAAGAUGUCGCAGUCACAGAGGUUGAACAGACUGUAUCUGACGUUAAAAGUACAGGAUCUUCAUCCUCGAAAGGCAAGGAGGCUAUUCGUAGCCGUGAGUCCAUAGCUGGAGAAGGGAAGAAUGAUAAGGAGAGUCCUGUAAAUGUCAAUGGUGGUGUGAAGGCUGCAGUCAAACAAGUUCCGGGAUUGGAGGCUCUGAAGGCUGCCCUUGCUUCCACUAAUACAUCCCUUGGUGUUCAGACUGGACCAAGUGAGAAGAUAUCUUCUGGCAAGAGUGAUGAGCCUCCUUGUAGUGGCAAGUUUGUGAACUUAUCAUCCUUCAAAGCUUCACCUGUUACUACUGACAACGAGGCAUCUCAAAAGAAAAAAGAGUCAACUGGCUCAAGGCGUAUCAAUGCACAUGCUUUCCCUUGUUACCCUGUUUCUCCAUUGUGGUCAAAUUUGAACUCUGAGUCAACCACACAAAAUGGUGAGACAAAGGAUUCAAAUCAAACUGAUUUGGGAGCAGCCUUAUGCAUAAACGAGUGUCCGUUCUCUGGGGUAUCUUUAGGAAAUGCUCCCGCUCAUCCACAGCUUUCUUCCUCAGUUGGUCAGAAGGAAAGGAGGAGCAAUUUGUAUGGGGAUGGAUCAGGAAUUGUUUUCCAUCGAGGAGUUCGUUGUGACGGAUGUGGUGUGCACCCAAUUACUGGUCCUAGAUUCAAGUCAAAAGUGAAAGAGGACUAUGAUCUUUGCAGCAUUUGCUUCAACCAGAUGGGGAACACUACUGAUUACAUUAGAAUUGAUCGGCCCAUGACUUACCGACAUUCCUAUGUCAAAGGGCUCCAUGAUUUGCAUCACCGAGGACUUCCGCAUGCACGCCCUCCUCCACCAGCCUUUAGGUGUGGUGCUGUGAAAUCUAGUCGGCCAAAGCUGGAUAGUCGCUUCAUUCAGGAUGUAAACAUUCUGGAUGGCACUAUCAUGGCACCAUUGACACCUUUCACUAAGAUUUGGCGCAUGAGAAACAAUGGUUCCGUUGUAUGGCCUCAAGGUGCACAGCUGGUUUGGAUAGGAGGAGAUAAGCUAAGUGAUGCAUUUUCUGUUGCCAUUGAGAUUCCCCCUUCUGGUUUGGCUGUGGAUGAGGAGCUCGACGUAGCAGUUGAUUUUAUUGCUCCUGGACGCCCUGGUCGCUACAUUUCAUAUUGGAGAAUGGCUUCUCCAUCUGGUCAGAAGUUCGGCCAGCGAGUUUGGGUUCUUAUCCAGGUGGAUGCUUCUUCAAAGGAAAUGCCUUAUGAUGGCUUUCGUGGAUUUAAUCUGAAUUUACCACCUGUUAGCAAUAGCAUUCAUAGCCCUGAAAUUAUUAGUGUAAGCCCUGUGCCUAUGGUGGAAGACACCUUGCCUGAUGGUGAGAACUUGAAUGAAGCUUCUGCUGUGCAUUUGGUAUCAUCACGAGAGAAAGAACAGGAGGCUAACUUUCCCAUCAAUGACACAUUGUUCGUCGGCGAUAUUGCCGGAUUACGCCCAGUUCAAGGGGGACCUUCAUCUUCAGUUUCUUAUCCUAAUAUUGAUCUGUCUGAGCUUGCUGAUCCAGUGGUUCCUUCCCCUCCUGCAUCUACUGUUACCUUGGUGCAGACUCAAGAUGUCGAAGGAAAAUCUGAGGUGGAGGAGACCCUCCUGAAAGAUCUUGAGGAAAUGGGGUUCAAACAGGUUGACUUGAACAAGGAGAUUCUCAGGCUGAAUGAAUAUGACUUGGAGAAAUCUGUGGAUGAUCUUUGUGGCGUGUCUGGUUGGGAUCCCAUACUUGAUGAGCUGCAGGAGAUGGUAAUUUCAUCAACAAGUUUUUUUUCUAUGUUUUCCAUUCCACUGUUUGUAGUUGAAUCUAAUGUUGAAUGUGUGCUUGUCCUUUCAGGGUUUUGUUGAUAAGGCGACCAACACAAAAUUGCUGCAGAAGAAUAAUGGAAGCAUCAAGCGUGUUGUCAUGGACCUUCUUGCUGGAGAGGAGUGAAGAUGUCAAGAUUGUCGUUUACCCCCUAUAUAAAAUAGUGUGUGGAGUCUUUGGAGUUCUAAGAUUUGUUAGUGACUUGGAUGUUCAAGUCUUUUGUCUUUUACCUCUGUUGCUUGGUUGUUGAGACCAGCGUGACUUGUGGCUAGUUUCGAGUAUUAUACGAGUCGUUUUUAAUCAUGUGUUAUUUAUCCUGCAGUGUCUGCUGACUAUGAAUGUGUUCUAUGAAUGAAGAAAGUAUUGCAUGUACUCUAUUAUUUUCAAUCCCAAAAUGAUUGCUUGGCCUGGACUUUUUACCCGGACAGAGGAUAUAAAAAUGUUGAACGGUAGC